AUGGCAACCCAAGGCCCCUCACCCCACCCUCCAACGACCAUCCUCUCCUCAAAGUCCAUCUCUCAAUCCGCCGCCCAUGAUUUCUUGGCCGCCUACCUCGAUCGCGCCGCUACAGACCCUGCGCUGCAGCCCAAUGCCAGUAUCAGUGAGCACGGUCCCAUCUCACGCACCACGGCUGCAGCACCGAAUCUCAUUCUACACAAUCUGAAGCGCGUCCAGGCUGGUCUGGCUGGCGAGGUCCUGGGACGCGAUCUGACCCUAGCGAAGAUCAAUGCGGGUGAAGCGCUGCAGGACGAGAACGGCAACAAUGUGGACUGGGAGGAUCCAAGCAAAUUCGUGGAAGUAGCCGCCGAAGCUGCUGGGGAAGAUGAUGGCGACGAUGAGGUACUGGGGGAGGACGACGAGGAAUUGGAGCCGCAGCUUGAGCUGGUAGAGGCUGACAACCAUGUUGUGGAUAAGGAGGAGCGGAAGAGGAAGAAGAAGGAGCGCAGACUGGCCGAGAAGAGGUCGAAAGCCAAGGGUGCUGAGGCAUAA